CCCGGGGCCGCGCCGCUCGGGGGCGGGCGGAGGCGGCAGCGCCGCGGGGCUGCGCUCGGCAGCGCCCGCACCGGAGCCGCGCCGGGCUGGGCCGAGCCGGGCCGAGCCCCACCGAGCCGCGCCGAGCCCAGCGCCCGCCCCGCCGCCGCCUCUCCCCUCCACCAUCCAGCCAGUAAUUUUCCAAGCCCGGCCGGCGCUUCCCGGUUCAGCCGCCCUGAGGAUCGGCGGGGCCAUGGGAGACAAAGGCACCCGGGUGUUUAAGAAAGCCAGUCCCAACGGGAAGCUCACCGUCUACCUGGGGAAGAGGGAUUUCGUGGAUCACAUUGAUGUGGUGGACCCCGUGGACGGCGUGGUGCUGGUGGAUCCUGAGUACCUGAAGGAGAGAAAAGUCUUUGUGACGUUGACCUGCGCCUUCCGCUAUGGCCGUGAGGACCUGGAUGUGCUGGGGCUGACUUUCCGCAAGGACCUCUUCGUGGCCAACGCCCAGGCCUUCCCCCCGGUCCCAGAGGAGAAGAAGCCCCUGACGCGGCUGCAGGAGCGGCUGAUCAAGAAGCUGGGCGAGCACGCCUACCCCUUCACCUUCGAGAUCCCCCCCAACCUGCCUUGCUCCGUCACACUGCAGCCGGGUCCGGAGGACACGGGGAAGGCAUGUGGUGUGGACUAUGAGGUCAAAGCUUUCUGUGCAGAGAACCUGGAGGAGAAAAUCCACAAGAGGAACUCGGUGCGCCUGGUGAUCCGUAAGGUCCAGUACGCACCAGAGCGGCCUGGCCCACAGCCCAUGGCGGAGACCACCCGGCAGUUCCUCAUGUCGGACAAACCGCUGCACCUCGAGGCAUCCCUGGACAAGGAGAUCUACUACCAUGGAGAGCCGAUCAGCGUCAACGUCCAUGUCACCAACAACACCAGCAAGACGGUAAAGAAGAUCAAGAUCUCAGUGCGCCAGUACGCCGACAUCUGCCUCUUCAACACUGCCCAGUACAAGUGCCCGGUGGCCGUGGAGGACGCUGAUGACAUGGUGGCCCCGAGCUCGACGUUCUGCAAAGUCUACACCCUGACCCCCUUCCUCGCCAACAACCGGGAGAAGCGAGGGCUGGCACUGGAUGGCAAGCUCAAGCACGAGGACACCAACCUGGCAUCCAGCACGCUGUUAAGAGAUGGAGCCAACAAGGAGAUCCUGGGCAUUAUCGUCUCCUACAAGGUGAAGGUGAAGCUGGUGGUGUCACGAGGAGGCCUGCUGGGAGACCUCGCCUCCAGCGAUGUUGCAGUGGAGCUGCCCUUCACGCUGAUGCAUCCAAAACCUAAGGAGGAACCGGCACACCGGGACGUUCCAGAGAACGAAGCACCCAUAGAUACAAAUCUGAUAGAGCUUGACACAAAUGACGACGACAUUGUGUUCGAAGACUUUGCCCGCCAGCGACUCAAGGGCAUGAAGGAUGACAAAGAGGACGAGGAGGAGCGGACAAACUCCCCGCAGCUCAACGACAGAUAAGCGAGCCCCCCGCAGCUCGCCUGGCCGGCCUGCGCCAGUAACACCCGUGCAUUAGGCUUCUUCUCUUUUGUAUAAUUAAUUAAUUUUGUUUUCUACCUGUACCGGGAGCCUAUGGAUCGCCCGAUGGCGACAGCAAUUAUAAUCUUCCAGCUGUGCCGUGUUGUCACUCUUCAUCCAGCUGCCAGAGCUGCUGUUUCCCAUGCAGGGCACGGCCAGAGGGGUGCUGGAGGCAGAGGGGUCUGGGGGGGUCACAGCACCCCUUGCCUUAGCCCCCCCCUUCCCGUCCAACCCACUGCCCCUUCCCCGCUGUGCUCAGAGCCCUUUCCUAUGAGCUGCCUCUUUUAUGCGUUUUAUAUUAAGUCCGGUCUCUACACCAGUUUGCUACGGGGGGUGGGUGGGAGGGGGUGCAGCAGAAUGGGGGGUGGGUGGGGUCUUUUCUAGGCAGCCUGCUCGUAGGAAAGGGCACCCGCACACCUUGGAUGUCCCCUCCUGUCUGGCCCUGCCGCAUGCGUUCCCUGCCCGGGAUGCACGAGCCUGGCGUUGACCCUUGGACCCUGCCUGAGACCGAAGCCCAACUGCUCCCCAGUAAAGGCUCAAGCCGGCACCGGGGUUUUGGAGCUGGCAAAGCUGGGUGGGCAUCGCUCCCCCUGCUCUUCCCCCCACCCCCAAUCCACCUGAGCAGCCGACCCCGGGGAUUUAUCCUUCAGUUGCACCGAUUUUUACACCAAUAGAGCCUCCCUGGAGGGAAGGAGCUCCGAGCUAUGAGUUGCUGGGGCCAGGUAAGGCCAGCAGACUUGGAGCUGGCACACAGGGACAGGGCUGGCAGCAGGGGCAUGCGGGCCCCCGCCAUCGGUCUGUGCCAUCUGCUCUGGGAGAGGCUGCGAAUGCCUUUUCUCAGCCACAGCAGGGUCAUGGUGUAAGCCUUGUUCCCAUUGGCGUUACACCAAGGAUGCUUUGCCCCCCUGCCUGCAACCCCAAGCUGCAAAGCUCCCCUGGUUGAUGUUUUCCCCUUAUCUGUGCCUGCAUGGGGGUCAAGCACCUAUUUGGGGAUCGGGAGGGAAGGGGAGCACAGCGUUUGCUGCCCUAACCAGUGUUUCACCAGAUGCUUGUGCCUCCCGACGGCGGUGCUGGUCCUGGGGCUCCCUUGCUGGGUGCCUGGGUCCCAUCCCACCCCACUGGGGUCUGCUGGGGUCUCCCACCACCGAUCGAAAGGCCCUUCUCACUAUUUAUUGUGCUGUUGCGGUCAGCAUCAUCAUCUGAGAGCAACCCAUGGGGAUAGCUCCGUCCUUCCCUGGCCGGGGGAGCACAGAGCUGAGCCCCUCACCCCGUUACUUUUGGGUAAAGCUGAUGGGCAGAGUGGUACCUUUUUUUUUUUUUGUAAAAGUGGUUACUUUGUACUGUUCAUUGAUACCUGCUUCUUUGGUUUCUCCACCAUAUCUGUGAUGUUUCUGUGUUCUGUCAAAUAAAUUAUUCUAGUUUAUUAAACUCAGAAAAAAAGAAUAAAUCAUAAAAUACA